AUGACCGAUAGGGGUACCGGUGCGGGAAUUUCCUCGUUGGCUCUUAGUGUCCUUAUUAAUACACUCUUUGAUCAGUACAGGGGAGUCGCCAGCGGCAUCAAGUAUGCGGGAGCAUCCCUGUCUUCGUUGAUCUUCGCGCAAAUACUUGUUCUCAUGCAAAAAGCGUACGGUCUUCGAGGUACCUUUCUCCUCUGCGGGGGAAUCAUGAUACAUUCCACAGCUCUCGUUAUUCCGUUAAAAGAACCACUCUGGAAGAAACCCCGGCACACCUUGCAUGAGCUGCAAAAGGUACACGAAAACGAAGCAAUUGACACCAUCGGCCAGCACCAAAGUCACUCGCCGCAAGGCCAGUCCCCCUCUGAACGUACCGCGUUACUCCAACUUGAGAGUGCGUGGAAGUGCCUGAGGUUCUUUCAAAAACCCAUUUUUUAUGUCGUUAUACUAUACUCACUUCUCGGAGAUUACAGUAGCCUCACUUUUCAAACGACCUUCGUUGACUACGCCAUGGACAAAGGGUUUUCUCUUACAGUGGCAGAGUCGCUAGUGAUGUAUAACUCGACGAUUGCGUUGCUGGGAGGCUUAGUCAUUCCCCUCAUUGCAGACUGGAAAUUCCUGCGUCGUAGCACACUAGUGACAAUUAGCUGUUUUGUCCUGGCCUGUGCAUUGCUUAUUCUUCCUCAUGUUAGGUCGUUCUCGGCUCUUUUUGUUACUGCUCUAUUCGCAGCAAUGUUUCUCGGGACUAAUGCAUCAAUAAAAACUGUCCUUAUGGCUGACUACCUAGGCGUCGACGGGAUAUCGACAUGCUGGGCAAUUUUGGGACCGGCUGCUGUGCCCGUUUGGCUAUGCAACCCGGCGAUAAUAGGCAAGUUCCGUUCUCUACCUUUCAAAAUGCAGACAUCGUGGUUUAAUCUCUUUUUUUAA